ACAUAAAAACUUCUAAAAGUACCAUUUAAUUGCAUUCAACUUUAAAACAAGAGUCACUGUGGUUUCAACUUUCAACAUUGCCGUCAGGCUUAAUCAAAAUCAAAAGCAGCCUUCGCCCCCUCUCCCAACUCCCUCUCAAAUUCCCAAGGUGUAAAUUUUGUUGUCCUCGUCCCCCAAAAUCCCCUCCCAAAUUUUCGAUUUCAUCCAUCGCCGACCGUCAUAUCUUCCUCUCGAUAAAACUUCCCUAAUUCUCUACCCAUUAGGGUUCUUAAUUGUUGAUCCAAAUAAACCACAAUUCGAUCAAUAAAACCCUGAUUCACUUCCCACCCUUUUCAAUUCCAAUCAAAUAAGAAAACCCCAGUGUUUCAGAUUUCGAAAAAAGCUCACCUUUAAAAAUCUCACAUACUCUUCCCAAAACCAGUCCCAAUUUCAAUUCAAUUAACGCAAAGGAAUUUUAAAAAUUCGCCAAUUACCCUUUUCAUCUUCAACCAAAAUAGCAAUAAUUAGAUAAUCAAAAUCCAAAAUUUAUCCUUCCACAGUUGAUGGGCACAAUUAGCUUUUACAGAGAACUCCCAAAACCCUCAACUUCUUCUUUACCUUCGUCUUCUUCUUCUUCUUCUACCUCCUCGACGUCUCUAACCGAGACGGUCAAUGGGUCCCAUCAGUUCAAGAUCAGCGGCUACUCCCUUGCCAAAGGCAUGGGAGUUGGCAAAUACAUAGCUUCAGAAACUUUUAUGGUUGGUGGCUACGAAUGGGCCAUUUAUUUCUACCCAGAUGGCAAGAGUGCUGAGGAUAAUGCAUCUUACGUUUCGCUUUUUAUUGCGCUGGCAAGUGAAGGAACGGAUGUAAGGGCGCUUUUUGAGUUGACCCUUUUGGACCAGAGUGGGAAAGGUCGUCACAAAGUGCAUAGCCAUUUUGGGAGGACGCUUGAGAGCGGGCCUUAUACGCUUAAAUAUCGUGGGAGCAUGUGGGGUUAUAAACGCUUUUUCAAAAGAACUCUUCUAGAGACGUCAGACUACCUUAGAGAUGAUUGCCUCUCAAUUUGCUGUUGUGUUGGUGUAGUUAAGUCAUAUACGGAGGGACCUAAAAUAUUUUCCAUUGUGAUGCCACCAUCUAAUCUUGGUCAGCAGUUUGGGAGGCUAUUAGAAAGUGGUAAGGGAGCUGAUGUCAAAUUUGAAGUUGACGGUGAAAUAUUUGAUGCCCACAAGUUGGUUCUGGCUGCUCGUUCACCUGUAUUCAGGGCACAACUAUUUGGUCCAUUGAAGGAUCGUAACACGCAGUGUAUUAGAGUAGAAGAUAUGGAAGCCCCUAUUUUUAAGGAGGGGUUUAAUACAGGAGUGCACAUCUGGAUUCUUCUCCUAAGGCGCUGCUCCUGUACACAAUUCUUCCUAUUCUCGGUUAAGGCAUUACUACAUUUUAUUUACUGGGAUGACCUACCAGACAUGGAAGAGCUUGUGGGUUCAACCUCUAAAUGGGCUUCUACACUUGUGGCUCAGCAUCUGCUGGCUGCUGCUGACCGUUAUGCCAUUGAGAGACUGAGAUUGCUCUGCGAGGCUAAACUUUGUGAGAGUGUUACAAUAAACACAGUUGCAACUACAUUAGCCUUGGCAGAACAGCACCACUGUUUGCAUUUGAAAGCCGUUUGUCUAAAAUUCGUUGCAUUGCCGGAAAAUUUAAGAGCUGUGAUGCAAACAGAUGGAUUUGAGUAUCUGAAGGAAAGCUGUCCAACUGUUCUUACUGAGCUGCUGCAGUAUGUUGCAAGAAUUGGGGAGCACUCUGUUAUUGCGUGUGGAUAUCGAAAAGAAACUUCAUUUGAUGGUUGUGAUGUUAAUGGCCGACGAGUGAAACCAAGAUUACAUUGAUUUAGGGAAUCACAUAUAGAUAUCUUUUGGUCAGUAAGAAAACUAAUAAAAGUGUGCUAAGAUAGGUUUAGGCAUUUUUGGGUUGUACUAGCAUUUGGUCACUUCUAUGAAAAAUUUAAGUUUAAUGGCCCAUUUGGUUGUCAUACAAAGUUUUUAAGUUUGUACAGGCCUAGAUGCCACAAUUCGCGUUUGUAUGUAGAUUCAGAUCUUUGAGAUUA